AUGGCUAAUGUCCUUGAUUUACCGGCUAUUCCACCCUUUUCUGUGUCUGAAACGAAUUCGUUGGCACAACGUUGGGAGAAAUGGACGAACUCGCUCGAUUACUACAUUCGUGCUUCGGGCAUCUCCGAUCAAAAGCAAAAGCGGGCCAUUCUACUUCAUUUAGUGGGUUCAGAAGUACAAGAAAUCUUCGAGACGUUGCCUGAUACUGGCGAGGAUUACAAAACAGCGCUCGAGAAAUUGAAUGCACAUUUCAACCCGUGUAAAAACAUAGCUUUCGAACGUCAUGUUUUCAGACAAGCAACCCAACGUGCCGACGAGUCCAUGGAUGCUUUUGUAACUCGCUUGAGAACUCUUGCAAAAACGUGCCAGUUCGAUAAAGUUUAGAUGAAAUGAUCCGUGACCAAGUCAUUGAAAAGUGUGCUUCGAACGCUCUUCGGCGUCGCCUACUACGAGAACAAGAACUAACAUUGAACAAUUUAUUAUCGAUUGCUCGUUCAUUCGAACUGGCCGAUCGCCAGGCCUUAGAAAUCGAACAAAAGUUUGAAUCAUCCACUCACCUCAAUUCCAUCGAACGAAAUAGAGAUUUUCAACAACCACGGCGUAAUUCUGCGAAGCGUGAAGACAAUAAUAGGCAAAAAUGUGUUUGUUAUUGUUGUGGAAACGAAGGGCACCGUGCGAAGGAUGUCCAAUGUCCUGCCCUUGACAAAAUCUGCCGACGUUGUAGCAAGUCCGGUCAUUUCGCUAGGGUCUGUCGCCAAAAGACCAACAAACCGAAAGGGAGAAUGCUCGACAGCUUGAACAGUCUGACGAUGACUCUUCUGAGAACGAAUGUUUAUUUACUCUCACGGCUCAUAAUGUGCAUCAUCGCUCGGACAGCCUUCAUAUGUUGGAAAUUGAACACAUUCCAGUGCAAAUGCUUAUUGACUCGGGGGCUAGUGUUAACGUCCUUGAUCUCGAGACAUAUCAUCGUCUAAAAGCGCGAAAAGGAGUCCAGUUAAUGCCUUCUACCCUUCGUGUUUACGCAUACGGUUCUACGACCCCACUUAAUAUCCUGGGAACAGUCUCCGGUCGGGUAAAAUGCAACUCUGCAGAAAUCGUGGCCAAGUUCGUAGUGGUACACGACCAACACGCUGGUUGUCUUCUCGGGCGACAAACUGCCACUCAACUGGGACUUUUGCGGGUUGGACCUCAAGUUUCGUCCAUCAAUUGUACAGUAUCUCCCCAUUCCCUUCGCCAACGGUAUCCCAGUGUCUUUGACGGAGUAGAAAAACUCACCAAUUACCAGCAGAAAAUUUCCAUCAACACCAACAUCAAACCUGUUGCUCAGCCCCCACGUCGAAUUCCCUUCCACGUUCGCAAGCAAGUUUCCGCCAAACUUGAAGAACUCGAAAGGCUGGAUAUAAUCGAGGAGGUCCGUGGCCCAACACCCUGGGUCUCGCCCUUGGUGGUCGUACCAAAAUCUAGUGGUGAAAUCCGUGUCUGCGUAGACAUGCGCCAGGUAAAUACGGCUGUAAUACGAGAGCGGUAUCCCAUUCCCACAGUCGAAGAAAGCCUUCAGGAUCUCAAUGGAGCAGCUGUUUUUUCGAAAUUAGACCUGAAGUGGGGCUACCAUCAAAUUGAACUGGACGAGCAAUCCAGAGAAUUGGCCACCUUUACUACUCAUGAUGGCUUGUACCGGUAUAAGCGUCUUAUGUUCGGGAUAUCCGCUGCUCCUGAGAUUUAUCAACAUAUAUGCUAUCCAACAAGUUCUACACGGUCUACAGGGGGUCAUGAACAUCUCGGAUGA